CUCCCUGUUUGAACAGGCCAAUCGGCGGCCGGCGGACACCGGCGCGGCGUUUAAACCCGUGGUGGAGACCCAGCUGUAUAUUAAGUCCUCCUGGUCAUUGGCGAGGGCGAACUCUGGAAGGAGGAGACGGCGGCGACGUGCCUUCGGCCAGCCAGAGGAGAGAGGUGAAGAUGGAGGCUGGUGGUAAGAAGGAAGACUUUAUUCUUUUGGAAGAUGAAAAAUUUGACUUCGAUCUUUCCUUGUCUUCUUCAAGUGCAAAUGAAGAUGACGAAGUAUUUUUUGGGCCUGUUGGACAUAAAGAAAGAUGCAUUGCUGCCCGGUUGGACUUAAACCGCCAGGUUCCUGAGCAGCCUCUUGCCCCAGGCCCUGGCAGCCCUUGCACCUGGAGCCCUCUCACUGGGGAGAAGUUUGUGGAGGUGUACAAAGAAGCCCACUUACUGGCCUUACAGAUAGAAAAUCACAGCCGAAGAGAGGUGGCCCAGGCUGCCCAGCCCAAAAAUCCUGUGAACCAGCGCAAGGAAACUUUUGUGCAGGACUCACAGUUGAAAAUAAGCCUCUUUGAGAAAGAACAGAAGAGAGACAAAAGUCCCAUGUCAGUUAAAAGAGAGACAUUCUGCCUGCCGUCCUCGAGGGUGCAACCUCUCUUGGGGGAGCCCCAGCUCCUGGCUUCUCCAGGCCUUCUCAGCUCCCCUGCCCCAGUGGGCCCUGUUCAGAUGCAGAGCAACCAGGGUCUGCCCUGUUCCUCUCAACCAUUGCCAAAAGAAUCGAGUACCUCCCAGCCUCCAAGUCAGCCUGGGCCUCAGAGGAGGAUCACCAGCAAGCUACAGCCACCCCGGGCUUUACCUGUGAGAGGAAGAAAUCUUCACCUGGCUACAGAGAAGCUCAAAAAAGAGGUGCCAGCCAGCCUUCAGAGGACGAAACUCCUGAAUGAAAAGGGAUCCCAGAGUGAUGUGCCCCUGGACAAGCCCAGUUCGGCUCCAGAUGCUGCCAUUAGAGAAGGCCGCCCAGGCAAUCGGUCACUCCCCAUUCCUGGCAAGUUGGGGCUGAAGAAGACCCUGUUAAAGCCACCUGGCUACACUGGCAAUCUCAUAAGGAAGUCCUCUACCUCAGGGUCUGCUUCGAGCCUCGGGUCUGGUGUGUGUGGGUCUUCAGUAACAGGCAAAGCAAAGUCCAGUGAACUUUCAAAUAUUCCUGCUAGCAACUCCCGACGUCAGUCAAGCACCAGCAAGUUGGGCAGAAUAGGACCCACCACGUCACGCCAGGCUUUGCCAGCAGCCCCUACCAGGGCAUUUUGCAGACAAGCCAAAAGGGCUGAUGCUGCCCAGACGGUGGCCGAGCAGCCCAAGGUCCCCACCCCGAGUCCUCUUACCCAACAACCCCAGACUCCAGAGCAAAGAGGACCAAGGCUGGACUCCGACACUGAGACAUCUCAGUUGAAUAAAACUGUCAGUAUAAAACGACGGGACUCCUAUCUGAGCUGCAAGACAGAGGCCGUGUCUGCCACAGCAAACUCAUUUAAAGUACCCCAGUGUUCUGUUGGCGAGUCACCUGAUGGAGUUACCCCGAAGAUCUCACGGACACAUCGGCUGCAGUCCUGGACACCAGCUAGCAGGGUGGUCAGCAGCACUCCUGUAAGACGCUUAUCAGGGCUCACUCCACAAGGCCUGCCCAGCAGUGUGAGAACCCCUCUGAGCACAAGACGGAUGUCAGUGUUGCCCACACCUGCCAGUCGGCGUCUCUCUGGCCUUCCAUUAAUAGCACCUCAGUCCAUGCCCAGGGCUCUGGUGUCCCCAGUGUGUGUGCCUGCCCGUCGACUUUCUUCUGAGCCCAGGAGAAGAUCUACAGUCAGAGCGGAGCUGACGCAGGAGAGCCCCAGCAAUGGCAGUGGUGGACAGGGGCAGGGCCUGUCCUCAGAUGAGAGCUCUUCCCCUCCAUCCGCCGUGCCUCAAGCACUUACCUUUUCUCCAGAAAAGGUGGACUUUCCUCCUUCCCAAGCCGCCUCCACAGGAGCAGCUCAGGGUGAAGCAGAGCCUGGUGAAGAGCCUGAGCAGAGCCUCCACAGGAGAGCUCAGGGUGAAGACACGCACCCUGAUCAGGGUCUUCUCCUAGACAUCAAGCUGGACCAGCUCACCAUCACUCCUGAAGCAGGAGGCAGAGAUCUGGCUGACUGCCCUCUCAUCGACUUCAGCAACACCCCUGAGUCAAACAUGGCUUUGGGACCUAGCAGCUGGCCCCUGGUUGACCUCAUAAUGAACACUCCAGACAUGGGUAGAAAUGAUGUGGGGAAGCCUGCAAAGGCUGAGCUCGGCCAGCUGAUCGACCUGGGCUCCCCCCUGAUCCAUCUGAGCCCUGAGGCUGACAAAGAAAACGUGGACUCACCACUUCUCAAGUUCUGAGCAGAACACAGCCCUCCGCUGUUUAUUCUGUUUCCUUCUGGAGUGGCCUUAGACCUGGAGAAACAAGUUUUAGAAAGAACUGUAGUUGAUAGGGGAAGCCCAUUAUACUGCUUGUCUGAGUGGUGGGUCCCCAUUCUAGACCUAAGCAUUCACCUCUGUGGCUGUCCUCAUCCCUGCCUUUCACCAGGCUAAAACACAGCUCACUAAAAAAUUUGUUUUGAUUCUUUUGUAUGUAAAAUAGCAAAUGACUGUAAACUUAAAUCUGUUAAUUAAAUAUUCAAGAUUUAAAUUAAAUUAUAAAGUGUGUU